AUGACUGACCCGGGAAUACCCCUCAUCGGCCCUCUAUUGCAUGGUGUGAACCUGACAAGCAUUUACGAUACAGCUGGUCGUUACCUGCCGGAGUAUCACGAGACUAAAGGAGAUCGUGAUUUUUUCGAGUGUUGCCGCGAUCCCGAAGUGGCCUGUGCGCUAACCCUCCAACCCGUGGAGCGAUACGCCGGCCUGCUGGAUGCCGCCAUUAUAUUCUCAGACAUCUUGGUCAUCCCACAAGCCAUGGGCAUGACAGUAGAAAUGGUGGACAAGAAAGGGCCUCAUUUCCCCAACCCCCUCAAGUCGCCGACCGACAAGCAGUAUUUGUCCGUGUUGAAACGCGAGGUCAAGGUCAUCGACGAGCUUGACUAUGUUUACAAGGCCAUCGAGCUUUGUCGAAAAAAGCUUCAAGGAAGGGUGCCUCUUAUUGGAUUCUGCGGGGCACCCUGGACGCUCUUCUGCUACAUGGUUGAAGGUGGGGGCACAAAGUUGUUUGCACAGAGCAAGACAUGGAUAUACAAGUUCCCCGAAGCCACAACGAAGCUGCUUGAAAAGAUUGCCAAUAUUUGCGUUGAGCACCUGGCGCUCCAAGUCCAGGCCGGAGCCCAGAUAGUUAUGGUUUUCGACUCUUGGGCUGGUGAGCUUGGGCCUUCGUCCUACAAACGAUUCUCUGGACAACAUCUGGCAUCCAUUGCCGAGAAACUUCCGAAAAGGCUCAAGGAAAUGGGUAUCACGCGAGUUCCCAUGAUCGUAUUCCCUAAAGGAGCGUGGCAUGCUCUGGACUCCGCCUGUGAACUCGGAUACGACGUUGUCGGAAUGGAUUGGCUACAUGAUCCAAAGGAGGCCGUUAAGAUUCGGGGGUCGCGCAAAGUGACGUUCCAAGGGAAUGCUGACCCAGGAAUCCUGUACGGGACAAAGGCCGGCAUUACUGAGGCUGUUGAGCACAUGGUCGAAGGUUUUUGGGUUGGGAACAAGGGUUGGAUUGCAAACUUAGGACACGGCAUUACACCAGGGGUCGAUCCUGACAACCUGAAGCACUUUUUAGAAGAAGUCCACCGAUUAACAAAAUGA